UGUCAUUAUGUAGCGGUCACCGUUCGUUUGCAAAGUAUAUCUCCUACUACGGGUUGUGUUCUAGCCAGCUCGCACACGUGCCAUUACGCCACAUCGGACUGCCCCAACAACACUCUGCUUCUGUUUCGUCGUAAAGAACAUUCCUUAUAUUCCUAGACCAAUUUUUAACUGGUGUAGAAAAGUCUACAGACACUUAAAGCUUAAUAAAAAAUGUUAUGCCAAGCAAAGGAACACCUUCCCACCCUUGUUGGAGCAGCUCUGUUGGCAACAUCAGGAGUCGCAGUUUAUUCUACGUACAAAUUGCUGACCACCGGCGACCGGCGAGCGAAGGAAACUGUGUACUACGAGACAGCCAAGCUCGUGAAUGAGUACCUGGUGUUCCACUACGGGGCUCCAGGCGAAGUUUUACGGUACGACUACGGACCUACAGAGGCGCUUGAUUUUCCACGAAGAGUUGCUGAGGAAUGUUUGGAGGUUUACAGGAACAGAGUGAACAAGACAAAGGUACCAAGCAGAGCACUGGACAUAGGCUGUGCGGUGGGACGGACUGCAUUUGAGUUGGCUCGUGAUUUUGAGCAGGUCGUAGGGAUCGACUUCAGUCAAGCCUUUACAGAUACUUGCUGUGCACUGAAAGAACAAGGCUCUUUGGAUUAUGAAGUCAAAGAUGAAGGAGAUUUGAUGACGAGCCUCAAAGCUACAGUUGAUCCUGCAAUAGAUCGUUCCAGACUUCAAUUUCAGCAAGGAGAUGCAUGCAAUCUACCCUUGGACUUGGGUCAGUUUGGCUGUGUUAUAGGCGCAAAUCUCACGUGCCGCUUACCGAAUCCAUAUGACUUCCUAAACCGACUCCCAAGCCUAAUUGCUCCCGGGGGUAUACUUAUGCUUACCACGCCCUGUACAUGGCUAGAUGAAUUCACUCCUAAAAGUAAAUGGCUCGGUGGUUUCACUGACAAAAACGGGCAACCAGUGUCGACCUUUGACACCCUGAAGAGAGUUCUUGGUCCUGACUUUGAUCUUGUAUUGGAUAAGAACAUGCCGUUCUUCAUUCGUGAGACGGCUCGUAAGAAUCAGUGGACCGUAUCUCACGCUUCAAUCUGGAUACGUAAAGAAUAACCAAUUAGGCUGGGAAUACUUUAUAGGCAAUCAGAAAAUCUGUAUGCAGCUGUAUGAUUUGCUCUAUUUUUGUAAUAGAUUCUAAAUGGUAACUGGUAGUCUGGAAUCAGGACCUACCUUGACCCCAAAAUAUUGGCCCCAUAGAGUUAUAAUCCAAUGAUAGAUCAUACAUAACAAGUUCAAGGAAGGUGGCGGCUUCUUGUUACCCUUUCAUGGACUCAAUAAGAAUGACCCAAUUUCAUAGAGCUGCUUAAGUACAAAAAGUAGCUUAGCGUUAUAAUAUGAUACCUAUCAGAAUAAGACUACCAGCAAAAAUGCCAUACAACAUUUACCAUUUGAGACUGGAGUCUUGCUCUUGCUCAUUUUUGUUGAGCAGAAACGUUUUUGCACGAUUUGUUGCUUGAGCAGCUCUAUGAUAUUGGACCCUGUUUGGCCAAGUCAAUUUUAUCAGAGUCAUUGACUUUGAACGAGGACUAUUUUCUGUUGGAUUCUGAUGGGAACAGGGUUGCUUCUUAUAAAUAGACUGGGAAUAAUAUGGAGUGUGUGAUGUAAAAUGUUAAUUUAGUAAAAAAUCGUCGCUAAUUAGAAUACAUAUUUAUACCGAGAGUCUUGUGAGGAUGUGAACUAUUUAUAGAUGCGACUAGACAUUUUAUCUAUCACGUUGAUAGACAAAUGUCUGCACUGUCUGUGCUUUACUGUAAGGGCGUAUUGUACUGAUGGAGUAAAUCACAUUGCUUGUGUGAUUUUUUUAGUUUAAGACCGGCUCCCCACACUGUUAUUCCCAAAGUAUUAUGGAUAUCCGUUCAGCGCUGUUUGCUAUAGGACUUCUGUGUAGUGUGGUGCACCCAUUGAUCUCUAAUAGAUUGACUUGAUAGGAGGGGCUGCUCUAUAUUCUGACACCCCUAUAGUUAUUCUCCCACCCUUUUGUUCCGACAACCCCUUCAUGAUUUUACAUGCCAUUGGUUAGGGUUAGGAGUGAGGACUAUACUAGGGGUGUCUGAACAUGAGGGUGUUGGAAACAUCUAUAGGGUUAGCCGAACAUAGGUGUGCCCUAACUUGUGUGUAACCAAUAGGACACGUUAAGCGUGUUGUACACUGCAUAUACAGGCUCUAAACGGUUUAACACUGAAACUAAUAUGAAUGCGCAGGGGACUUGCUCACGCAGACAUUAUGCCUAAAAACAAAUGUUUAGGCCUAUUCAUGAUAAAGUUUUGACGAUAAAGUUUACAUUAUAACGUGAAAUUUGUAAAUUUAGAUGCAAAUAAUUUUGCUCCUGCACGAAACUUCUAUUUAUUUGGGUUGCGGACAGAAUGGUGUCAACUCCUGAGAAAUGCGCUAAUUGACGCAUGGUUGCGCAAUGUGUCCCAUCCAGUCAUUUAUUGAGAUCAUUGGGUGUUCCCUUCUAGCCGCGGCCACCAGGGUAAGGGGAUUUGUCAAGUAUAAUAGAGGAAUUUCUAUUCAGAUAAUUAUUAUAAACAAAAAUUGUUUAUUUAUACCAUCAUGCAGCUCAAAGGCUGAAUUUCUAGUACCUUCUAUUUAUAUAUACAAUUAAUUGAAAAUGAAAAUUGAUUGGUUGGCCUGCCUCUUGUAACUGACUUUUACAAAAUAAAUGAUCUUUGCGAAGUAAUCGAUUUGAAUGAUUUUAUUUGACUUUUGAAUGCUAAACUUUUUGAAAUGGAAUUGCUCCUUUUGAAUGUUGAUGCAACGAAACCAUAAUUUACAAAAGGGAAGUGAUUGAACUAGGUGCUUAUUGUUGAAACUGUUCAGGUAAACCUUAAUUAUACCUCUUUUUUUAAAUGAUUGAAUAUUAAGGAAGAGCGCCUCAGAAAAUUGAACUGUUCCAGUGUGAGGUUACCAUAAUCUUCCAUGUAGAUGAUUUUUGUGAACCGUCAAAAAACAAUGAGACACAUCUAAGUCUUUCUUUUCCUUUUUUAAUAUAUUUAGUUUUGUCAUUAUAAUGUUUUUAUUUUUGGGAAGGGGUCUUAGUUCAGGUUACACAGAUAUUUAAUUGUAUAUUUGGACUGUUUUCUAGUUUUCAUUAGAUGGAUAACCUUUGUAGUUAUAAGGAUCUUGUCUUUAAUCAUGAAGUAAUAAAUAAAGCAAUAACAAGUUAUACAAAUUGA